UUGUGGUAAGGUAAGACACAGCAAGCAUUAAGCAACAACAACAACAUGUUGAAGUGAGAAGCUUAAACGAACCGCAACCAUCUGUUUUGUUUCCCUCUUUUUCCUUCUCCGACACACAUGGACCACAACUGCAUCUUCUCAACCUCAUAGCAUUAUCCAACCCCAAUCCCAUCGUCUUCCUCCACCACCAUGCCUCUUCUGCUCGCACGUGCGCCACCCCCAAUCCCUCUAAUCUCCCUCUCUCACAACCGCUUCCCACUCGCCGCAACGCCAAUUCCUCUCCUCACUCCCGCUUUCGCUUCUCGCCGCAUUCUCGCCGCCCCGCCCCCCAACUGCGCCUCCAUCAACGGCAUCUCCGUUCAGAACAAUCCACAAGCUUCCGCCGACCGAGUCCACGCUCCAGACCUUCUCCAGAGGCUUCGCAAAUGCCUCCGAUUUCUUCCGGAGAUUCUCCCCGGCGGUACCUGGUGGGACUUCUCCGACGGCCUCCAGGUUCAGCUGGUGGCGCAGCCCGUCACCGUGUGGCGCGCCCUCGCCAAAAUGUGGGACCUUGUCGCGCGUGACAGAUGGGUCAUUUUCGCUGCUUUCUCUGCUCUCAUUGUUGCUGCAGUUUCCGAGAUUUCCAUACCGCAUUUCUUGACGGCGUCCAUCUUCUCCGCACAGGGUGCGGACCUUGCUGUUUUUCAUCGGAAUGUGCGCUUGUUGGUUCUGCUGUGCGUGACUUCCGGAAUAUGCAGUGGGAUACGAGGUUGCUGUUUUGGCAUUGCAAACAUGAUUCUGGUUAAGAGAAUGAGAGAAACAUUAUACUCUUCACUUCUUCUGCAGGAUAUAUCAUUUUUUGACAAUGAAACAGUAGGUGAUUUAACAAGUAGGCUUGGGGCGGAUUGUCAACAAGUGUCAAGGGUUAUUGGAAAUGAUCUUAACUUGAUAUUGCGCAACGUUCUUCAGGGGGGAGGUUCAUUAAUCUACUUGUUGAUUUUAUCUUGGCCACUUGGUGUAUGUACAUUAGUGAUAUGCUCCAUAUUAGCAGCAGUUAUGUUACGUUAUGGAAGGUACCAGAAAAAGGCAGCAAGAUUGGUCCAAGAAGUCACUGCUUCUGCAAAUGAUGUAGCUCAAGAGACAUUCUCUCUUAUUAGAACUGUACGAGUUUAUGGAACAGAAAAAGAAGAACAUGGAAGGUAUAAUUGGUGGCUGGGGAAAUUAGCUGACAUAAGCUUGCGACAAAGUGCUGCGUAUGGGAUUUGGAAUUUUAGCUUUAACACUCUUUAUCAUUCAACUCAGGUUAUCGCUGUGCUAUUUGGAGGAAUGUCUAUUCUUGCGGGUCAUAUCACAGCUGAGAAACUUACCAAGUUUAUACUAUACAGUGAAUGGUUAAUUUAUUCAACCUGGUGGGUGGGAGACAAUGUAUCCAAUUUGAUGCAAUCAGUUGGGGCUAGUGAAAAAGUUUUCCACUUAAUGGAUCUCUUACCUAGCAGCCAAUUCAUAGAAAGAGGGAUAAAGUUGCAGAUGUUAACAGGGCGUAUCGAGUUUCUAAAUGUAUCUUUUCACUAUCCUUCAAGGCCGACGGUAUCCGUAGUGCAACAUGUAAACUUUGUUGUCCAUCCAAGCGAGGUGGUUGCAAUAGUUGGACUUAGUGGUAGUGGAAAAAGCACAUUGGUGAAUCUCUUGCUCCGUCUCUAUGAGCCUACAAAUGGUCAGAUUUUGAUAGAUGAUAUCCCUAUUAAAGACUUGGACAUCAAGUGGUGGAGAGAGAGAAUUGGAUUUGUGGGCCAGGAACCCAAGCUCUUCCGGAUGGAUAUUAGCUCAAACAUCAGAUAUGGAUGUACUCGAGAUGUAAAACAGGAGGAUAUUGAGUGGGCUGCAAAGCAGGCCUAUGCCCAUGACUUUAUCUCAGCACUUCCCAAUGGUUAUGAAACACUUGUUGAUGAUGAUCUGUUAAGUGGAGGACAAAAGCAGCGAAUUGCUAUUGCUAGGGCCAUUCUUAGGGACCCGAAAAUAUUGAUCCUUGAUGAAGCCACUAGUGCGCUAGAUGCUGAAAGUGAGCAUAAUGUCAAGGGUGUUCUGAGAUCUGUUAGAAGUGAUUCUGCAUCCAGAAGCGUCAUAGUCAUUGCACACAGGCUUUCUACCAUACAAGCAGCUGACAGGAUUGUGGUGAUGGAUGGUGGUCAAAUUGUAGAGAUGGGAAGUCACAGGGAACUUCUCUUAAAAGAUGGUUUGUAUGCACGGUUAACUAGAAAACAGGCUGAUGCCAUGGCAUGAUUUGGGUUUCAAUAGCAGAUGUUCUAUUCUUCUGGCUUCUUUUUAAAGGCAGUACAGUGAGGCAGCAACUUUUUUUUUUCUUGUUGCUGACCAAUGUAUUUACAGUAUUAUACAAGAAAAUUGGUGAAGUUUUCAGCAAAGAAGGAAGCUGCAGAAGUUUUGAUUUAAAAUGCAUGGCGGCUUCAGAAAGAUUUCACACGAUCAGGUUCCAAGGCAAAUGCAAAAGAUGAAACUAGGUCGAUUGGGGUAUUCAUAGUCAAGAUGCUGAUAAGCGUCAAAUGUAUUGUCAUAUUGCUAUUGACCUAAUAGACUGUUCAUUUUAUAGCUGUAAUUUAAAUGUUUAGCACUCGAAGACGCUUUCUUUGAAGAAUACCCCUUGCCCAUGUUGAUUGAUGGCACUUUAUACUCAUGGUGAAUGUAUAAAAUUUGAGUUUUCAAAAUUCUAA